AUGAGUGCCAACGCCCCCAUUCUGUCGCCACCACCAUCAACGGUUACCCUAUCUCCUAUCCAACUGCACAUCCUAAAAGUCCUCGACGCCGCUUCCAGAGACCGCUAUAUCUCACCGAGAAAAAUCAUCCGCCUCGCCGAGAGCAUCCUCGCACUCGCAAAGCUACAUGGUGGUACCGUAAGGCGGGGAGAAGAUAUCUCAAUACUAUUCUUAACAGAUCCGGACGAUGGCAAGAACCGGAGAAUUGUCGUACUACUGCAUAACUCAUCCAGUAAAGAGCCUAGACAUGUGGCCGGCUCUUCUGUGGUGAUUGCAACUGCAAACUGGGCGUUUGACCGCGAAUCACCCUGGGACGCAGUAAACAGGGCAGUGGACCGCGCUUUAGAACGUAUGUCCGUAGUGUGA